AUGACGCCCAAGCCUGCGAGCACCAAAAAGCGCAAGGCCGAUGACGUGACCGCCUCCACGACGCUUCAAGUGCAUCGCUGUCGUUUUGUGGACUGGAUGCCUGCGGCUAUUCACGCUUUAUGCUUCAACGCUACAGGGGAUCAGCUAGCCGUGGCUCGAGCCAAUGGCGACGUUGAGAUUUGGAAUGUGGACCCGAAAUGGCAUCUCAAGUUUGUAAUUUUUGGCUCCGAGUCAAGCCAAGUGUCGGCUCUUUGCUGGGAACCCAAGAACAAUCGUCUCUUUGUAUCGUCGCUGGACGGAACACUGUGGGAGAUGGACUUUCAAUUGUUGGGAAAGAAGAACGUGACGGAUUCCAACGGUGGACCCAUUUGGAGCAUGGUCAUGGACGUUGACAGUCAGCAAUUGGCUGUAGGCUGUGAAGACGGACGUAUUCGUCUCUUUUCGUACGCGGAGAUCAACCAGAUCUACUUCAGCAAAGGCUUCCUCACUACUGGAGGACGCGUUGUGUCCCUAGCCUGGCACGCCAAGGCACAGAAGAUUUUCUCGGGCAGUGAAGACGGUAUUAUUCACUGCUGGAAUGCUAUCACAGGACGAAGUGAGUCGCGGAUUACGCUGGAAAAUUUGGCCAAGCAAAAAACCGUCAUCUGGUCUCUGGUCGUGCUGGAUGACUUGACACUUGUGAGUGGAGACUCGACGGGCAAUCUCAGCUUUUGGAACGCACCUACUGGCACAUUAUUGCAAAAGUUUUCGCACUUGACUGCAGAUAUUUUGGCCAUUUGUGUGAGUAAGAACAACAACUCACUGUUCUCGUCUGGUGUGGACAACCAAGUCGUCGAGUUUCGGCGCUCGGUCGCGGAAAGCGGGAUGAGCACUUGGGCUUACUCGUACAGCCACCGUGGACACAGCCACGACGUGCGUGCGCUGGCGCUAUCGUCCAAUAGUAGGUUGAUGCUGGUUUCCGGUGGGAUUGACACCCAGCUGGUGUGGUACCUCGGCAGCAGAUUCAGUUCCAUUCGGCCGUCCAAAAUAGCGUCCAUGCCGUAUCCGCAUUCAAUUGCUCUGGCGAAUGAGAAGCGGGUAUUACUGGUGCAAAAGUCAACCUCUCUGGACUUGUGGCGACUUGCCACGCAGUCGGCGGCCAGCAGUUUGAUUACGCAGAAGCACAAGCUGCUGCUGCAGCUAAAUAUGGGCGAUGCCUUGAACUUGUCAUGCUCAGCAAUGGCACCUAGCUCGAAAUUUGUGGCGUGCUCAAACUCAAGAGAGCUGAAGCUGUUCGAGUUGGAUGCUGAGCAGGAUUUUCAGCCAAAAAAGGUCACCACGCUGCCGCGUAGUUUGACGGGACCUGCGCGCGUGCUGGCGUUCUCACCAGACUCAACCCGCCUGGUGAUCGCGUCGUCGUCGCACCAGAUCCGUGUGCUGGAUUUAACUAAGAUGGAAGUUUUGAAGACGUUUAAGUCUGCUACGCCGGCCCUUGCAGAAGAAGACAGUACUAGCGUGCCGUCUCCACUUCUUUCGCUGACCAUUUCCUUAGAUGGACAGUGGCUUGCCACAGGUGAUGCUCUUAACAACAUUGCCAUUUACAACCUGGACUCGAUGCAAUUCUACUGUCAGCUGCCUCGUCCGAGCGAGAUGCACACUAACCUGGGCUUUAACCCAUCGGGUAAGACUUUGGUUGUAACACUCGUGUCCAACAGCUUCGUGUGUUACGAUGUGGAGACCAAGGGCCUCUCGGAAUGGUACCGUCAGAACCACGAGCAGUUCCCUAAGGAACUCGUGGAGGGCCGCAAUAUCAAGGGCAUGACGUUUGACCCCGCCAACCCGGACUUUCUCUACCUGUAUUCACAGGUGAGUCUCUACCAGAUCAACAUGAGCAAACAGGCGGACCGAUCCGCCACGAUGCCGUCCAAGAAGUCUCGCCGUCGUGCAAUGAGCGUUGGCACCGAGUCCGACGGCAAGAACGAUGCAGCCGAAGGGGAAUUGGUAGAGCUGGAGGACGGUUUCUGUCGUGUGGUUAACCGCUACCGCCCGCUGUCGUUCGUCGAUUUUGUCGUCGAAAAUGAGAUGAUUAUCGUAGAGACUCCGUGGCUGAAGGUGCUGAGUCGCUUGCCUGGUGCUCUUCACCGUCAUAAGUAUGGCAAAUAG